AUUUCAGUUUCGAGCAGCACCGAGAGCAUCGUGCUCUGUGACUUGAAGCAAAGCACAAAGUUCCGUUGUCGCAAUGCUUACAUUGAUCUGAACGCUGCAGAACAGUUGCUCCAGUUACUCGAGAAGCCUCGCGAUCCUCAUGAGGUGUGCCGUGCUCAAAUCACUGAUCUGAAAAAAGAGAACUUCAACCUGAAACUUCGUAUAUACUUCCUGGAAAUGCGAAUGCAGCAGAAGUUUGAUGGUCCCACUGAAGAAAUAUACAAAAUUAACAUCGAGCUGAAAGUUGAGAUAGAAAGUCUGAAGCGAGAUCUGCAGGAGAGAGAGAAACUGCUCAUCAAGGCCUCUAAGGCAGUUGAAAGCCUGGCCCAGGGUGGUGAUGCUGAAAUACAACGUGUGAAAGAGGAGGCACAAAAGAAGUUACAAGAAAUGGAGGAAAUCCUGACUGGCAGAAUAAACCUUCUGGAAGAGAAUCUUAAAGCUGCCCACGAAGAGGCAGAAAAAGCCAUUGUGAUGACAGAGAAGGAGAAAGCUCUAAGAAUGGCUGCUGAGCAGAAACUUUCUUCAAUUCCAAAUGCCCCUGCAAAUGAUCUUCAUAUGAUUGCAGGAGCCGACAAAGACAGACUUAUAGAGCAACUGAAUCUGUCUUUGAAAAGUAAAGAAGCUAUAAUUCAACACCUUGAAGAGGAAAAGUCUCAGAAUGGAUCUUGUGAUGGGAACUUAUCAGCAGAAAAAAUCAGAGAACUUACCAUUGCUUUGAGGCAUGAAAAAGAUAGUGAGAUAGAGGCCAUUAGAAUGGAGCUUAAAAAUGAGAGAAAUUCCUUUGAAAAAAAAAUCCAGUCUCUUCAAGAAGAACUGCAAGAGAGAGAAAACGAGCUUGCUGUUGAAAAGAAGAAUGGUUUGAAAAGGGAUAAAACCAUUCAAGGGCUAACUGUUGCAUUAAAAGCAAAGGAAAAAGAGAAUGAGGAACUUGGUUUUGAAAUUGAAGAUUUAAAUGCUUCACUGACUAAGGCAAGAGAGGCAACUCACAAAGCACACAUGCAAAAAUUCAAGGGUGCUGAGGAUUAUCAAGCUCUCUUGAUAGAAAAAGAGACCCUCUUAGCAGAGCUGCGUUCAGAAAACGUUACAAAGGAUGCUGAGAACCGUAAACUACAAAGGAGGAUUAAAAGGACCGAUCAAGAGCUAAAUGAUUUGAAUUUAGAAAGAGAGAAAAUGGAGAAAGAGCUGGAUGAAGCACAACUACAGAAGAGUAGAAGUGACAAAACUAUUAAUGACCUUAGAAAUCAACUAGAGAAAUUACACGGUGAAAUGACUGAGAAAGAAAAAGCAGUUGAACAUUACAAUAUUCUUUUGAGUGAAAGCAAUCAGAAGUUGCAGAGCCAAGAACUAGUUAUCAAGCAGCUAACAGACAAUGUCAAUCAAAAGGAUCUAUUGCUUCAGAACAUUGAUGAAACAAUUAAAGAAAAGGAUGGAGAAUUGCAGGAGCUGCUGAAUAAGAAUAAGAGCCUUCUAAGAGCCAAUGAAGAACUUGAACUGAAAAAUGAGGGUUUAGUAAAGGAAAAAUGUGCUGUACAGUCACAGUCAAUCAUCAGGAUAGUCAGAGAGGUAGAGGAAAAGAAAGAAUCUGAAUAUGAAAAGCUGAUACUUGCUUUGAAAAAGGAACAAAAUAUUUAUUCUACACUAGUGAAGACCUUUAAAGAAUCUGAUAGUUUAAAUAGCUUGCAAACAGAGCUAAACAACAUCUUCGUGUUACGAAAACAACUAGAAGACGACAUUCUGGCUAAUCGGAAUCUACAGAAGAUCUUAGAAGAUCAGAUUAAGGAUGUCAAAAACCGACAAGAUGAAACACUGUCCUUCUGUGGAGAUCAAACAUCCUAUAUGAGUAUUUGCUUAGGAGAGCAAGAUCAUUUAAACCUACAGAUAGACCAUCUGUCUCUUGAAGAACUUAAGAAAAAGGUUACUGAUCUUCUCUUGAUGGUUAAGGAUCUGCAGUCAAUUAAUCAAGAACUUAAGAAAAAGCAGCUCGGACUCAGUACAACAGAUUCUCAAGGGAAGGAAGCACUAAAAAUAUUAAACCAGAGUAAGUUUCUUGAAACAACAGAAGAGCCUGUGAUGCAGACUGAAGAUGGUGACAAUGACACGAAGAUGCAGAACAGUCAAUUUUAUGAGAGGGUCAGUCAGGUAUGCCUUCAGCUAUCCAUGGAUUGUCCUUCCGAGGUGGAUAAACAGAUAACUCCAUCAGGCUAUUCAGAGAGUUUCUGCAAAGAUAGACAUUAUAGGAAUCCAAAUAAGCCUCAGUUUGAACAUGAUACAACUGGCAAACACUUUGGCAGAAUAGGGAUGAGUGAACAUGAAACAGAAGAGAUGAACUUGCUCACAUCUCUUUUAAGAGAAAAUAGAGCAUCUGUACUUGAAUCUACCAGACAAGAACAAAUGAAAAUUGUAAAUGAACUGUUAGAUCAUCUGAACACAACUGAGCAAGAAUGUUCAAGUGAAGAUAUAGAGAAAAAGGAUGAAAAAGAUCUUAGGCAAAUGAUUAUUCAACUAAGAGCUGAACUCAAACAUUUCAAGCAGGUCAAUAAAUUCUUAAAGCAGCAAGUAGAAUUGAAAUCAACUUUUGAUGGGAAAGAGAAGCUUUAUCCAGAUGCAACGCCACAGAUUAAUAAGGAUAUUGAGUUGUUGAAAGUGGAAUUGAAAGAUGCAGCUACACAAACAAUGACUUUAGAGGGUAAUGUCAUGAGAUUGAAACAUGAAGGCAAAAAAGGAGCCUCAGAAGAAAAAACAAAAUAUUCAAGAUUAAAUGCAGAAAGAGAACAUCAGCAGGAAAAUGUGUUUAAGAAGGGCGAGCAGCAUGAAAGAAUUUUUUUUUCAAGGAGAACAAAUGAAACUGAUUCUGCUUUCCUGCCCAAGAAGUCCCGUCUGCCUGUACUCCUAAGAUCAUCCAGACCACUAGAAAAUGUGCCUUUGAAACUUUGUGAGCAGAAAUCAGAUUCACAACUACAGCAUCAUACGAGGCUACCUUAUGAAGAUCUGAAAGCAUGUGAAGUACAAAACAAACAAUUCCAAGCACAAACAAAUGGAGAGUUACUAUUGAGCAAGUCGGUAACUGAAAACCUUGAAGAAGAGCCUGCAGAGGAGAGCACGUUAGUGAGAGUCGCCUCAUUGAUCAAACUGGACAAUAGUGGGGCCCAGGUUGACUUGCAAGACAUUGAAUUGGAUACAGGGGUCAAGAAUGAAUAUCUGAUGGACAAAAAUCAGCAAAACUGUCAAG